AUGCCCCCUACAUCCAUACGUAUCCCACCCCAAGACGGCCAAUCCACCCCCACCCCUACCCCACGAGUCCGCCCCUUCCGCCCAGGCUUCGCCCUCCCCUUCGCAGGCACACCCCACCCUCAAGCUGCCCGUGUCUUCUCGCCGCAUCACACUCCCACCCAAUCUACACCCCAUCCAAGUCAAUCAAAGACUACAGGCAAAGGGAAAGGAAAAGAGAAGGAAAGACCACAAGAGACGGUGGAAUACACCAUCCUCCCAGCGAUAGGCGAUGGCAAGAUAGAACCCGUGCCGCCGGCGUUGUAUUGUCCGAUCUGGAAAGUGGAUGAGCGAAUGCGGGGGCGGAAGGUUCGGUUGGUAGGACAGGUAUUGCAUUACAACCCCAAAAAAGCCACCAUCAUCCUAACCGCCCAACCCGAAGGUCUCUGUCGCAAAUGCCCAACUAUAGUCGUCAACAUAUCCAUCCCCCUCCUCGCCCCCUCCCCUUCCCAGCCCCCUCCACCUCCAAGACUCAUCACCCCGGGGUAUACAUCUCUCGCAACGCGCUCAGAGCCAGAGCAGAGAGCGGUAGUGUUCAACACCGACCAACCACCCCAUCCUUCUUCUGCUUUAUCACAGAGCGAGGUCGAGAGGGAGGGAUUGGUGGGGCGGGAGAUGGUCCGGUUUGGGAGGGGGGAUUGGGUGGGGGUUGUGGGGUGGUUGGAGGAUGGCCGCGAUCUCGUUCGCAAGAUAAGGACCUUUGGAGCAUACGCCCCCCCUCCGCCGGUGGUGUGCGAAGCGAUACAUAUCACCAAUGCCCGCCCCCCUCCGAAGAGUAGGCUUCCACAAGCGGGGGUUGGGGGUGGGACGGGGAUUGUGAGGGUUAUGAGUGAAAUUGAUACGCGCUGGCAGGAGGCUCCUUCUAGACCUAGUGAAGAGACCAAAGAGUGUACUGGGGACGGUGCAGAUGCAGAGGAAGGGGAAGGGCCAGAAGAAGAAGAAGCAAACGCCAGGCGUCUGAAAGACAAACAUCGUACAGAACGUACGCCUACAAACAAACGCCAAUCGACUCCACCCUCCCCGCCCCACCUCUCCCCCCGCACACCCCCCGAGAUCAGCCGCGCAGACGGGUUCGAGGUGCGCAUCCUGCUUCCUGGGGAAAGCGCGAAUUAUGAGGAUUAUGACUUUGAUGUCACGCCAAAGCCAAAGCCGAGGGGUAAGAAGGUGAAGGUUGGGGCACGCGCUUGA